AUGACGAUGAAUCCUACCAGUGUGCUGUGAAUACGAAGCAGAGGAAGGGACUUGCAGUUUGUGUGCAGGCGGGGAAGAGAACGAGUCAAGGGCCUCUGGAUUAGCAGACUAAGGAAAGGUGUCUCUUGUUCUCCCACAGGAAGGAAAAAAUAGAAAAUACACUUCUGAUUAUCAGUUCUACUUUUUCUCAAACGCUGUUUCAAGGGUGGCAACAUCUCUCUCUGGAUUAAGCUAUAGUGACUCCAAAAGCCCCUCUGGACGGUGGAACAGUUAUUUAGUCUCGUUCCCAUUGUGAAGAAGCUCUCCAUCCUGAGUUUCAGCAAUGAAUUUCCUUCGAAGGCGCCUCUCAGACAGCAGUUUUGUGGCCAACCUGCCCAAUGGCUAUAUGAUGGAUCUGCAGCGUCCUGAUAAUUCCACUAGUUCUCCAGGUUCACCAGCAACUGAGAGGAAGCAGCAGCAGCAGCCAUCUCAGCCAUCACCCUCUUCCUCUUCUGGAACCAGUAUUUUCAGUUCCAUCUCCAGUGCCAUGAAGCAGACUACACAAGCAGCUGCAGGACUGAUGGAGCACUCAGCAAGCCCUGCUCCUGUUGCUCAGAAACCCAAGAUCCUUUUGGUGAUUGAUGAUGCUCACACAGAUUGGGCCAAGUAUUUCCAGGGGAAGAAGGUGAAUGGAGAGUUUGAGAUCCGAGUGGAACAGGCUGAAUUCUCCGAGCUGAACCUGGCUGCUUAUGUUACUGGUGGCUGCAUGGUGGACAUGCAAGUCGUAAGGAAUGGCACUAAGGUAGUAAGGUCCUUUAAGCCUGACUUUGUUCUAAUUCGACAACAUGCCUACAGCAUGGCACUAGGAGAAGACUUCCGCAGCCUUAUCAUCGGCCUUCAAUAUGGCGGGGUUCAUAGUGUCAACUCCCUCUAUUCCGUCUAUAACUUCUGCAGCAAGCCAUGGGUGUUUUCUCAGCUAAUUAAAAUCUUCAAUUCGCUGGGUCCUGAGAAGUUCCCCCUUGUGGAGCAAACAUUCUUCCCAAGCCAUAAGCAGAUGCUCACAACCCCAAAUUUCCCUGUCGUAGUCAAGCUGGGACAUGCUCAUGCUGGAAUGGGGAAGGUAAAAGUUGAGAACCAGUAUGACUUCCAGGACAUGGCCAGCAUAGUAGCCAUGGCAAAAACCUAUGCCACCACUGAGACGUUCAUCGACUCCAAGUACGAUAUCCGAAUCCAGAAAAUCGGCAACAAUUACAAAGCUUACAUGAGGACGUCCAUCUCUGGAAAUUGGAAGGCAAACACAGGUUCUGCUAUGUUGGAGCAGAUCGCAAUGACAGAGAGGUACAAACUUUGGGCAGACUCCUGCGCCGAGAUGUUUGGAGGCCUCGAUAUUUGUGCCGUCAAAGCUGUCCACAGCAAAGAUGGGAAGGACUAUAUCAUUGAGGUGAUGGAUAGUUCGAUGCCCCUGAUAGGGGAACACGUGGAGGAGGACACACAGCUCGUUGCUGAUCUGGUUGUCUCCAAAAUGACUCAACUUCUUAUGACAGGAUCUACCCCCUCACCUCUGAGACCCUGGCCUCAACAAGUCCAGCCUCAGUCAAUGAAAUCACAGAUGCAGCCUCAACCAGGACCUCAGCUAGGCCAACCCUCCCAACCACGGCCACCUCCUCAAGGGGGACCACGCCAGCCUCAGGUCUCUCAGCCUCCACGGUCAGGCGCGCCUCUGCAACAACGGCUCUCUCCUCAGGGCCAGCAGCCCCAGAUUCCCCAGGCUAGCUCACCUCAGCAGCAGAGGUCACCGGGAUCCCCCCAACAAAUACGAUCCGCCUCUGGAACCUCCCCAGUCCAGGCCUCCAAGCCGGGCAUCUUCCCACCACAGCAGCCUAGGCCCCCUGCCCAAGGACGGGCACCUGCUCAGCAAAGCCUUGGUGAAACACCCAAGCAACAGGCCUCCCCGCAUCCACACCUGAACAAAUCCCAGUCUCUGACGAACACCUUUAGCAUAUCCGAAUCAGCGCAACGGGGAAACACCAAUGAAGAUGAAGCAAAAGCUGAAACCAUCCGCAACCUGCGGAAGUCUUUUGCAAGCCUGUUUUCUGAUUAACAUCACUGGAGUCAGAUUGAUGCUUCUGUUAACCCCCAGCUCUUCAUAUCAACCUACCUGAUGUCAUCAUGGCCUUUACUCACUGAUACCUAAUGGUUCAUACAAAAUCUGGGACUGUAAUCCUCCAAGCUAUUUUUUCUAAAUGGGUUUUACCCAGAAAUUAGUUAGCCCUAGAUAUUUUAAGGGUCAGUCUACCACUGGCUAGAAAAGUGACUGUGUAAAAAUGGCACUUCCUUACUUGGUAGAUCUGCUUUGUGGGCAUAGUCAAUCAGAUCUGCUUACUUGCAUUUCUGAAAUAAUUUCAAGUAUUUUUUAAUUCUAUUAACCUUUCUGGAGCCAACAUAGAUUGGAAAGCAAAUUAGAAUCUAUUUCAGCUUGCCCAUUAUUAAUAGAAUGAAUAACUAUGCUCCCCUUACAGAAUAUUUAUUUUUUGGUGACGCUGAGCUAGAAGAAACACAGCUUGAUUCUGAGGCAAAUGUGUAGAGCUAGAAGUUAUACUACAUAUCUGUUUACUUGUAAAGUGAGCAUUUUGAUCUAGAAAUUAUGUCGGCACAAUGAAUUUGGAACCUCAUAAUGUUAGUUUUACAGAGUCACUUUUCUGAAUAGAACCACAUUUCAAGUAAAACUCAGCAUCAGGAGUCAGUAGAGGUCAUUGGAUCAUUGUUGGAUUUCUGCUCUGGGCCAUCUUACCAGUAGCCAUUUAAAUGUCUGUUUCAUUACUUGAGACUGUUUCUUGUAUGUGUUUCUUGAUUUCUGGAAGAAAAGUGUCAUGAUCUACACUUCCAGCCAUAGUUCAGAAAUAAAUCAGAAAACAGAACUGCUGUACAUCUUGAAAAAAAAUGGCUAAUUUAUGUUCAAAUAUAGCUCUCACAAACUCCAUAAAAUCUAUCCACACAGCUACAUCUGUAAUCUGACUUGGUUGCAUCGGUCUUAAAUGAACCCUGUGGGCAAGAUUAAUUAGUAUCGGAAUUUGUGAAUUGUUCGUACCCUGUUAUGAGUGUUCCAUGCUUCGGAAUGGAGAGAGCCAUAAAGUGAAAUCCUGGCCCUGCUGAAGUGCAUGAAAAACUCCCUUUGACUGAAUUGGGGCCAGGAUUUCACCCAUGGUGUCAAUGCAAGAUGAGAGACCUGUGACUGGAUGGCUUCUUCCUAGAGAACUAUCACUUUGGAGGAAGAACCACCAGAAGAGUUUGGUGCUACCCUCCCCCCCCCCCCGAAAAAUAAUAUAUGCAAAACAAAUUUACAGCUGGAGCCAUACUCUUUUUAAAAAAUGACUAUCCCAAGGAAAUUCCAUUGGGGGUAAGUUAACCAAAGGAUUAUUUUUCUGGAGCACUCAGAAGACUGGAAGAAGAAACCAAUAACUUCAGAGAUGAACCAUUGCCUGAUCUGCUUUCCCUCAUGGCAUGUGACAGUCUAAAUGAGGGAGGCUGUGUAAACAGCUUAGGACUUAGCCACGACAAAAAUGAGUCAUGAAUAGCUGGACAUUAAUGGAGGUAGGACCAUUUACGCCAGUUGAUGCACUGCUCCCUGGAUCAAGGGCAGUUCAAUUUAUAACACAUCUGAUGCUGGGGUGGUAUUUCUAGCUCACCAAUCUUAUGCAUAGGAAGCAAGGCCCUGUGAACCUCAGUAAAGUGACAGAUGACACAGAAGAUGUCUCUGCUAGACUUUCCUUCUGAGUUUAUGCAGUAAUGUACCAAUCCUCACAUGUAACUUUAGGAUUGGAUCCUGGAGAGCAUGCCCCCUUUGCAGUACACCAGAAAGUUCCUGUUUGGAUGGGAGAGGACAUUAUCAAACAUUUCAGUGUGCAGCUUAGCCUGUGGUUUAGUCCUUUGCCAUUAACUGAAAUGGGAACAGAAAUCCAAAAUAGCAAGCGAAACAACAGCAUGGCCAUCUUGAAUUUUGCACCUACAUGGGAAUAAAGCCAGAGAGAAAAUUCAUUCUAGUAACAACUAAUCACCACAAUACAGUCACAUGGACCCAAGGCAACCAGCUUCCAGGAUCCUUGUAGAUUAAAUGUCUUUGGAGCUGUGUGCUUUCAGGCAUGCCAUUUUUCUUCAGUGGGAUGACUCUUUAGUGUGCCAGUUGUACCAACAAAUGUCUGUCAGUGAAUACUGAAGGAAAAUAACCUCUUGAUCAUUUCCCUUCUGUGUUUCUCGAUCUUCCUUCUGAGUCUGCUAAAUGGUGAAACAUGUAGCACUAUUACCGCUCCUGUGCAGGCAUGAAAAAAUGGAGCCUGCUGCUUGGCAGGCUCCAAGUGCAAUAAAGGGGUGCCAUGGACGCACAAAGUACCACUGAUAAAAACAAUAGC